AAUUAUCACAAAUGAAACGGAAAUUACCUAUACGCGAAUAUAAUAGUAUCGUGUGUAUUAAACUCCGCUACGCAUGAAUUACUAGUUAUCAAUGCUCACUGUUUAAAUAAGUAAUCGAUAAUUUUUUCAUAUUUAAACUCAGCUCAGAUUGUAAUUUCUUCAUAAUCGUAUAAAUUUUUUGUCUAUCGGUGUGAACGAAUACUCGUCAAUAUGUUCAAGUUUAUUUUAUUUUUGAUUAUUACACCUUUUGUCGCGUGUCAUCAUCAUCACGAUCACCACGACCACGGCCAUUCUAAUCAUUCUAAUGCGGAAAGAUCUCAUAACCAGCAUCGUGGUCAUCACGGUUCACCUGUUGAGUUAACUUUCUUCAAUGUUACGAAAAUACAAGCACCGUACCACUGUCAUCAAAACGGAUGGAAAGUGAAUGAAAUUCCAUUGUCGAAUCUCAUUACUCACGGUACUUUAAUCGACGUUAGCGAAAAAACCAAAUCAAACCCAGAUUUCCAGCUGCUUCCGGAACAUUUAGAAGAAUGGGAAAAAACAAACGGAAAAUUCCGCAACAACACCGUGCUGAUAAUUAAUUUCGGCUGGGCUUCGAAAUUCGGCAAUCCGGAAUACUACGGCUCGAGUAAACCUAGCUUCCCAGGAAUAUCGGAAAAAGCUGCAGAAUACAUCGUUAACUCCAAUGCGGUCGUUGGAGUUGGAGUAGACACACCCAAAGUGGACAGCGGAAAUGCUGCAGAUGAACCAGCUCUACAUUCAUUCCACGGAUCGAAUAUCUUCACCGUUGAUAAAUUAGCCCUGAAUAAAGAACAAUUGCAUAAGCACUUUUACAUCGUUAUAGUUCCUCUCGAAUAUAAUCAAAACGCAGAAGCCCUCGUUCGUGUGAUCGCCGUAUAAAUAUAACGUAAUUUUUUUCACACUUUUUUAGCCCUUCGCUUAUUACCAACUUAUUACUCGACUUUCGCGAGUUUCCAAGGUUGUAUUUUUAAAAUUAAAUGCAACCGAGUCGUUAUUCGUUGGUAUAUUUUGUUGCUUUGAAAAUAGUAUAUGAUAUGUAAUGAAAAUUUUGUGCAAAUGGAGAAUUAUUUUUAGAAAUGUACUCAUUUUUUUUGUCGAACGCUCGCUUCUAAAGUAAAAUAUAUUUUCAUUAUCGA